ACGAAAAGGAGCUGAAACUCUAUCUUUUAUCUGUAGAUUCUCUCAUCUUCUGUGUAAUUCUAAACUAGAAUUUAUAUCUUCUGUAGCUUUCUUGAGAAUCCCCAUACCUUUCUUUUUUAGCCUUUCUGUUCUCAUUCUCUUUGAAAGAAACCUUUUAUAGCCCAAUCUUUUUUCAUCCACCUUUGUAAUCACUCGUUCUUUUGGCUUCUUCAUUAAUUCCUAGUAGGAUCUGUCACUAACAAGUAACAACCCCACAAUGGUUGAUUAUUGCAAGAGAAGUGGGCAGAUACCAGCAUUUGGAGACUGGGACUAUGCAAAUGACCUGCCUAUAACUCAGUACUUUGAAUGUGCUAGACAAGCUGGUUUGAUUCGUUUCAGCUCUUCAUCAGGAGAAUCUAAUCCUUAUAAUAUUCCUGGUGACUUAUAUACUGUUGAUUUAAGGAAACAUUCUCGUAAUCUUGCUCCUGCUCGAAAGGUGAGUAGGGUAAGAGAAAAGAAAGAACCGCACGUUAAGGAGCAAAAGAAGGCAGGGAGAGUUUGUGACGUGACUGAGCCGCCAAGGAAAUACCAGCAUCAGCAUCCCCACCAUGUGCCAAUUUCUAGUAUUAAUAAUAACAGUACAAGUAGUCAGCAGCUCAAAACCAAAGUCGGUCCUCCCAAGAGAUUGCCUGUUAGACAUCCCAAGCCUGUUGAUGAAGACCUCUACAAAAUCCCCCCUGAGCUCCUCCGCUCUUCCAAGCGAAAGAAAAUGCCUGGAUUCUUUUCAUGCUUGGUACCAUCUUGUGCAACAUGAAUCUGACUUUGAAAGACGAAAUUUGCUCUCCCACCUGGAAUUUAGUGUUUGUAAGGAAAAAGUUGUAGUUAGACCGGAGAUUUACUGAUUUAUUCCUUUUUUGUUUCAUAAAAAAUGUUUGACUAAACAAAGCUUGUAGUGAGAAAUGACUCUGAUUACAUGGUGAUUUUUCCUUGUCUACUGAUGAAUUUACACCAUAGGUAAAUCAUCCAUUGAAUUUCAAAAACCCUUG